AUGAAACGGCGGCAGCCCCCGUGCCACUGGCCCGAUCAGCUCCUAGUGGGAUCUUGGCGCACUGCAGGACCCGCGUGCCAAGCCGCCAAGCCCGAUGAAGCAGCCGCGGCCCGCCAAGCGAGCUCCGCCAAUCAGGGUGCCAAGCCGCCGGACUCUUCACACGGCAGGAGCGAUGGGCAGCAGGCCCCACUCGGGCCGCGCCUGGCCAAUGGCGCGCGGCCAGGGGGGCUCCUGCCUCCUGAGCCGAAAGCGCUCGUACAAAAACCGCGAGCGGCGAGUGGCGACGUACGCUGCCGGCCUUGCGCGCCCCCAUUGGCCCGCCGACCCAUGUCGCCCCACUCCAGCCUCGGGGCUGGUCGUCGCGAGCGUACGUAA